AUGAUGGGUCCAUCCGUCUACGGUCCACAGAAGAACACAUGGCGGGGCCGUCGGCACUGUCAGGAGGCUGAAGACGCAUACAGCAGUCUGACGGAGGCGGCGAACAAUGGCGCCAGAAUGUUUCCGCCCGAGACUUAUGAGAAUCAAGCGAAGGAGAUCGAACAGACUGUGGCCGCCAUUCAGGAGAGGGGCAAGAUGGCGUGGGCAAAAGACCACACCUUCUGCGUUGUCCCGCCGGAGGUGAUCGAUACCUGGUUGAGCGGCGAGCCGUGGCCGACAAAACAGAGCGAGAACCCAACACCGUUCAGUAGAGAGUUCUUGGAUGGUGUGACGCCGGUGAUCCUCUUCCGACAUCCGGCUCUGACCAUUCCGUCGUGGUGA